AUGUUCACAAUGUCUUGGAUGCUGCUGUUUUCAAUCUUUCUUUUCCAUUGUUUUCCCGGAAUCCCUGGGGAGAAGACUCAAACUAAGGUUGUCGAAAACUGGAACGUACGCUUCAAGGGAAAAAUCACUCUCAACCUCACAGAUGACGUCACUGACGGGUGGACCAUGAUUCUCUCAUUCCCAAUGCCUACUCCGAAUCUGAAAAUCUGGCGCGCGGAGAUCGUUACCAAUCAGGACGACAAAGUCUAUACUAUGAGAAAUAUGAUCUGGAACGCACAGAUGUGGAAAGGUGACCUUUUUGAGCUUUAUUUCAUUGCGCAGAAAUCUCAAGUGGACAGUGAUCCUCCAACUGGUUCAGUGGUCUUCAAGCGUGGAGCACCGCCGACGGUCGAGCCUCCAACGGUUGGUCCCAGCUCACCUCAACCACAAACAAACGGCCCCAGUUCCUCUCGCCCAAUCUCAAAUCGCGUCAGUUCUACUCAAGCAACAACAACUACUAAACUGCCACUGCCCACACCAUCCAGCAGACCGAUCACUGUAUCACCUCAAAAUCUUAACAAUUAUAACUAUGGCGAGGUGCUAAAGUUAUCAAUUCUAUUUUACGAGGCCCAGCGCUCGGGAAAACUUCCGAAGAAUAAUCGGGUGAAAUGGAGAAAAGACUCAGCAAAGAACGAUAGGGGGGAGAAUGGGGAGGAUUUAACUGGUGGAUGGUAUGACGCAGGUGAUUACGUCAAGUUCGGCUUUCCAAUGGCUUCCUCCGUCACCGUGCUGGCCUGGGGCUUAGUACAAUAUAAAAAGGCGUACCAAGCCGCUGGCCAGUAUAGUGAAGCGUUAAACAGCAUCAAGUGGGCGACCGAUUACUUCAUUAAAGCGCACACGAAAAAAGAAGAGUUUUAUGGCCAGGUAGGCUGCUGAUAAUUUCAGUCUAUUUAGAUCCAAGGAAGCCAACUGUCAAGUCUUUACCAUUAAUUUUUUUUUAGUCACGGAAUCUAAAUUCAAAACUGCUUUUGGCGUCCCAGAAACCGCACAAUCUGGUUGGCACUGUUUUUUAUUGUUUUUCUGUUAGUCAGCAAUAUAGACUAAUAUAUGUCUUUUAAUUCUCAGGUAGGAGACGGGCAUGUUGACCACGGAUACUGGGGUAGACCGGAGGAUAUGACGAUGGCGAGACCCGCUUUUAAGAUCACCCCGCAGAAACCUGGAUCAGACUUGGCCGCUGAAACGGCGGCAGCGCUGGCUGCUUCCUCUAUCGCGUUUAAAGCGGGAAAUACUCCGUGAGCAAUUACUUGUAUAAUAAAUUAGAAUACAAUACAUUGUAAUAAAAGUUGUGAAUGGUUUGAGGCUGGGGGUAAUUUCCCUAGAGGUAGCUCACUGAAGAGGCCUCCUUCCAGAAAUGAAUAAAAACCCCUCUGCAAUUCUAAAGAAAACGAGACGCUUUUCGAUGACAAAAACAUGAUUUCGUUACUCUUUUUAUACACGAGCUUUUUCUAAAGGGUAUCCUUUUUAAUAAACUUCCUACGUGCACAAACUAGCACACAGCUGACUAGCCUGAGUGACAGGCGUUCGAAAGUGAUGGGGAAAGGAAUAUUUGGGCGCGCGAAGCCCUUUGUCUUCGCCCCUCGAACGCUUGCCACGCAGGCUAAGAGAGGACCUCUUCAGAGCCUGCCCUGAAUCAAACCCGGGGAAUAAUCCCCUAAAAAAGUGAUGGGGGUGCUCUUCGUACCUUUUAGGGGUUUAAAUUUGUGGAAUGGUACCGUUUAGGGUGCUAAUACCUAAAAUGACUGCUGCCAGAGUUGUCUCGGUAUCUUUUAGGGGCCUGCGGUAAGGUUAUGAUCUGAAAAAUGUAUUUGUGCGAGUUAUAUAAUUUAUUGUUGUUGACUUGGUACCUCUUAUUAGUGGAAAUGAAUUAGGGACACGCCCAUAAAAGAAGAUUCUGGUCCCUUUUAGGGGUGUUUUCGAAAUUUUCCAACGAGCACCCCCGUCACCUGUAUUGGGGAAUACCCCCCUCAUCAAAGUUAACCAUUGUAUAUUUUUGCUUGUUACAUUGGUUUUAAAAGGUAUGCCAAAAGGCUCUUAAGACACGCCAAAGAAUUGUAUGCGUUUGCAGACAAGUAUCGUGGAGUGUACAGUGAUUCCAUUCCAAAUGCAAAGAGUUUCUAUCGCUCACACAGUGGUUACAAGGACGAGCUGGUCUGGGGAGCAGCAUGGCUUUACAGAGCGACAAACGACCGAUCUUAUCUCGCAAAAGCCGAGAAAUACUACAACGAGUUUGGAAUGAAUGGACAGGUGGGUUAACAAGAAGAGUUGCAGCUAUAAAAGUUGCGUUAGUAAAAAAUGGAUCACGUCCAGCGCUUAGGGGCUCUCUCUCGGGGCCGUGACAUGGUAGUACGUUACAAUUACUUCCGAGACUCUAUAAAGAAAGUUUACCUUUUUACGAUUGGUUCAAGAGGUGAUUAUGGUAUCUGAGUGAAUACAACGAAAUACAGUGUCGCUUGGUAACACCCUAUACAUCUGUUUGUCAGACAUAGCUCUAAUUGCACUCUGCCCCUCCCCCCCCCCACCCCCCCCCGCCAAAAAAAAAAUGUUGCAUAAACUAUUAUGCUUUUUGGAGGACUACAUAUUUCCAAAAGCAUUUGAAAAAUAAUAACUUAUGCAAAACGGGGGGGGGGGGGAAUAGUGUAUCAUGGGGGGUGGGGAUGGCAAACAUAGUGUAUCAUGGGAGGUUAAAAAAAUAGUCGAUAGACCUUUUUAGCUUGUAGGUUUUAUUUUCCCAAUUCAGACCAAGUGAUUAUCUCAAGGAAAUUUUGUCUUUUGUCUUUUAAUUAGUAAUGCACGCAUUGCAUGUGGAUAGUUCCGUAUUUAAAAGAAGCAGUUCUCUGAAAGUAACAUCAAAUUGUCUGCUAUGGGAAAACAACACAUUCAGACUUGAAAGGUCUAAUCAAGCAAUUUAGUCACCAAAAUCCCAUAUAAAUUCGUUUUUAUGUUGCGCGCUCUUGCAACAAGCUGUGGUUGUAAACCUUAGAGCCUGAUAUCAUACAGGCACCUUUUAAAUGAAGUACCUUUUUACUUAGUUUUUCUUUUUCAUUAUUCACAGGCCUGGGCGUUUUCCUGGGAUGAUAAAAAAGCUGGAGCACAACUGCUGUUAGCUCAAUUAACAAAAAAGAAAUCAUAUGAGACAGCCGUUCAGUCUUCACUUGAUAGCUGGCUUCCUGGACGAAGCGUCUUAUACACGCCCAAAGGCCUUGCGUGGCGUGCGAAGUGGGGAGCUAACCGCUACGCGGCUAAUACAGCAUUCUUGGCGUUGGUUGCCGCCGACUACGGCUUAAAGCCCAAUAUCUACCGCGCUUUUGCUAAGAAGCAGAUUGGCUACAUGCUUGGGGACAGCGGGCGCAGUUUUGUCGUGGGAUUUGGCCACAAUCCACCUCAACGACCACAUCACAGAUCAAGCUCGUGUCCGUCAGCCCCUGCAAUAUGCAACUGGAAUAAUUUUCGGGAUCCCCGUCCCAAUGCGCAUGUUCUGAAAGGCGCACUUGUUGGAGGUCCAGAUCAAAAAGACAACUACAAGGAUGUCCGGACAGACUACGUCAUGAACGAGGUGGCGACUGACUACAACGCUGGCUUCCAGUCUGCCGUUGCAGGGCUCAAGCAAAUUCAGCUGGGUUAGUCCAGUGCCUGGAUAAAUGCUACAGUAGCGUCAUGAAGUUUUUUUGAGCAAGAAAUUAAACUAGGAUGGAACUGAAGCUGUAUUUUGUGCAAGAAACUUAGUUUGUAUUGGUCAACUAAUAGAAGUAAUAAAGUAAUUGGUUCAAGUACAACUCUGUCGAGUUUGAGCAUACUUAUUUGCGUACCAAACACGAUAAAAUUACAUAUAAAAAAGAUAUAAUAGAUAAAACGGACUAUAGUUUAGAAAGAUUGAAAUUCCCAAAGACCACGAUAAAGAUUAUCAAAAGGAACGUAGCUGAACACUUGCGGUCAUAGUCUUAAGUCACCUAUGGGUUAAAAAUACGGUUUUCGUUCAUUUCAAUUUUGAUAUUUUAAUGAAAUGAAAUUUUUAGUCAACUUUUUAUUUUAACUCUAAGCUAUCUGAAAGCAAUUAUCACCAACCGAUUAAAUCCAACAACGGAUAAAAAUAAAUUAAAAGAUAUUCUUCUUAUUUGUUUUUUUCUAUUUCAAUUCGCAAAUAAGACAAUGAUAGUUGCGUAAAAGUUACAAAAAGUAAUUUCUUGGUCGGCAAUAAAGUUAGAAAUUGAAUCAGCUGUUGGGUUUGAGAACACUGUGGCAGGUUAAGAGCCGCUAUUUUGGUGAGCUCGCUUCACUUGUCCCUUGGCUUUCCAGACGCACAUAAUCCGAAAUCUCACCAAAGUUUGGGGCAGGAUUUUUGAGGUUAGUGAUAAGCUACAAUCCUGGGCAAACGUCCUUGGGACAAAGAUGCAGUUUUUGUUUUGUCGUGUAACUUCUGGCUGCCCUUAUAAAACAGUGCAACCUUUGAAAAGUAUCUUGCAGUUCUCUCUCCGCCCACCCUUUACAAAGUUGAAACUCGGGAAAAUUCUGGAUACACACGUCCAACCUUGUUUGUGGGGUAGGGGUAGGGGUUAGGCACGUGUGAUUUAAAGAGAGCCCAUGCUUGGUUCGAUCAAUUCAGUACUGUAAUUGUGACAAGCGAUUUUCUGUAAGUAACAUUUUAUUUGAACGCUUAAGUUUUUCAAUAAAAAGAGGAAAAGGUUUUCUAAUUGACUGCUCUAGUAACGAGCCAGAAGUUUUUAGCUGCCUGCUAUCAGGCUUCAUUUGGAAUUCCGAGAAGUAGUUUUUAAUGAGGUAAAAUCGGAGUUUGAUGAAGAUAACAACUAAGGAUUUCAAAAGCUCCUUAUUUUCCAUAGUAACGCAGUGGUCGUAUCUGAACAAGGUUUUCGAAUACGGAAAUGCUUUGACUUUUGUUCAGCCCGAAAAAAAGUAGUCGUAAUAUUGAGGUAGAUGCAUGAAUAACGGGUUAACAAUGCAGUCUUCGAAUGGCGAAGUUCCAUUGCUACUAAACGUAUGAAAUUUCGGUAUUGACACAACUGAGAGUGUGGUUGGAUUGCUGUGUAUAAAUACCGAAUUAACAAGUCUGUAACCCAUAUUGCUUCAAUUACUGUAAGUUUAAGGAUUUAGAAAAAUAAAAAUAUUUUUGUGUGAUAGAUUAAGACUAAAGAAGGUUUUUUUAUAUGAUGAACCGAGUGAAAAGCAACAAAUUUUGGGGAAAACGUUUUUCUUUCCCGGUGUCUUCCGAUUUCAUGGCGGAAUUUGAGAAACGUUUCUCAGGAUUCAAUCUGAAAUUAACGAUGACCGCUAAAUAUUGCUUCAUUUCUGUAUUAUCUUUACGUUUGUGUCCGGUCUGUAUAUACUCAUGAAUUAAAAAAGCUUGGCAAUGAAAAAUGAUUCAAUUAUAAACCGAAAAGGAUAGAAGAAACCGAAUUCUUUCCUUUCAAAUUUUGCAGAGUAUCAUGGGACACGUGUCAUUUUUUUCUGCCUCUCUUCUGUGGUUUUUUAUCUAUGCGCACCACGGCUGCGCAGAACAAAGCGGCGUGACUGUGGUCAACGAGUGGAAUACGGGAUUCACCGCCAGAUUCGGCUUCAGGCUCCAGUCCAAAGUCACCAAUGGCUGGGUGAUUAUCCUGACAUUCAAUAAGCCGGCACUGAAGUUACAAACCUGGAUCGGGGACAUCAAGUCUAAAUCUGCCGACAGCAAACGGUACGUGAUCACGAACAAACCCUGGCAGAAGCAGCUUAACGCUGGUUACGAGCUAUCCACUGAAAUCGUACUUACUAAAGCAGCGCCGGACGCCCCAGCUUCAACAGGAGUGGCCGUGUUUCAAAGGCUAGGACCUGGCGGCGGGGGUAACACCGGAGGAGGAGGGAAUACUGGAAAUGGAGGUAAUUCCGGGGGUGGAGAAAACACUGGUGGUCAUGGUGGAAGCAGUGGUGGACGGCCGAAACCCUCUGUUCCCCCAGUCCCUGGUCCAUACAACUACAACGAAGUUCUGCGCAAGUCAAUUCUCUUCUACGAGGCACAGCGAGCCGGGAGACUUCCUGCCACAAACCGAAUCCCUUGGAGAAAAAGCGCAACUCUUCGCGAUGGCGCGAAUGUUGGUGUUGAUCUUAGCGGUGGUUGGUACGAUGCAGGAGAUUUUGUCAAGUUCGGGCUUCCCAUGGCCUACAGUGUGACCGUGCUGACCUGGGGCCUAAUAAAAUAUCAAGACGCUUAUAUAGCGGCGGGUGAAUUGAAAAACAUGCUCGACUGUAUUAAGUGGCCUUUGAACUACUUCAUGAAAGCGCAUCCUAGCAAAUACGAGUUUUACGCUCAGGUGAGGAGAUACUUUGCCCAUUAGCACAAAAUAUCAUUCAUAUUUAGUAGUAUCCAGGUGUCCGUUUCUCAAAAGGCCCGGUAACUUUAAUUUUCGAGCCCGAAGACAAAUUUUAACAUCAAAACUUGUUGAAUAGCGGUGCAGUUUCUAGUUCAAUGCUGCUUCGUAAACUGAUGAUUCCAUUGUUUCAUUUUCAAAAUUGUUGAAACUUUGGUCUUGAAUUCAAACACGGAAAACAUAAAACAGCUUUCCGGGACUUUCGAGAAUUUGGCCCGUGGUAACUAAGCUACUAAUUAAAUGAUCCAAAGACCAAAAAACUUGUCAGCCAGGGGCUGGGGGAAGAAGAGAGAGCGAAAAGGGGAGACAGUGAGGGGAGAGAAACUUUUCUCUCUUCUCCCCUUCCCCUCUAAAAUCUCCACUUCCCUAACCCUUAAGCAAGGCCUUAUGCUCAGGUUACUCCACCGUGUCUUUCUUUAUGAGGUUGGUUUUUCAUUUCAUGGGUUCUGGCAGCAUACUGCUGGGCGUAACCCUGCGACAGACUGGCAUCCUGACCAACCAGAGUAUCAAAUCUCGUAUGAACUUCAUACAAAAACCUGGAUAAGCUACAACUUUGUUAGCCUUACUGACCCAGGCUCGCCUGAGGCUUUUUUACGCAUCCAAAAGUUGUACGGUUUUCAGCAGUAAAAUUGGUUAUAAAACUUAUAAAUUUAAAGGGGGAAACUAUUGCAAUUAAUGAAUCCCCCAUCCUUUCUUCUUGAAAAGGCUUACUAUAACUUUUACCUGCAGUACAGUCGCAACAGGUAAAUUUGACAAGGGAGGAAGAAAGUGGGGCAUAGGGAGUACCCUGACUACACAAGAUUUAACCGUUCAAGCCCCAAUACAAACAUACAUAUUCUCCAGACUGAUCUCCAUACAUUUUCUUAGAGAAAUUGUUGAGAGACUUUGAUAAAAGGUAAGCCUUCCUUCCCUCGGGUGAUGAUUCUGUUAACUUUCGUAAGCUUUUCUCUUGAUUAUGUACUGAUUUUGUUAGGAGAAGAUUGAUGUUGGUUACUAUCGGGACUGGAAGGGUUAAAGAGAGCCCUGGUCUUGUUGAAAUUUUCUGGGAUUUUUAAAUAAAUGAAGCCCUUACGAUUCGUUAGGUCGGUGACGGUGGUGCUGAUCA